GCAAGUUGACGGCAAGUAGUAGGACCCGAUGUGUCUGCUGUGUGUCAGAGGAGAGAAACGCAACGUUUUCAAUUUAGUUUCUGUUGCUAACUUCAAGUUAUUCAAUAUGGAAUUAUCUAUUUUGCUGUGCAUAGCUGUAGUUGUUUUUGUGCUGUGUCUAUUUGGUCUCUUUUGGUUAUCCUUGUCGAUUCAACCGCCAUUGCUGGAGCUGAAACAAGCCCAUGUUAUUAUAACUGGUGGAUCAAGCGGUAUCGGGAAAGCAGUUGCUACCGAGGUGUUAAACCAAGGAGCAAGUGUCACACUCCUAGCCAGGAAUGAAGCAAGGUUACAGCAAGCACAGCAAGAACUACAGCAGUAUAUCACUGAUAAGACCAAUCAGAGAAUUCUUUGCAUUCCAGUCGAUGUCUGUCGUGACUAUUCAGCAGUUGAAGCUGCCAUUAAAAAGGCCAUAGAUGUGCUUGGACCAUGUGAUAUCCUCGUUAACUCAGCAGGAAUGUCCAGAGCCUUAUCCUUUGAGGACACACCCAUUGAAGACUUCAAGAAAGUGAUGGACGCGAACUACAUUGGCUCAGUUUACCCAACGAGGGCGGUAUUACCAUACAUGAAGAAGCGUAGGGGUGGUAGGAUAGUGUAUGUGGCCUCCCAAGCAGCUCAGCUUGGUGUGUACGGAUACACGGCGUAUGCUAGCAGCAAGUUUGCUCUCCGUGGACUGGCAGAGACGCUACAGAUGGAGGUCAAACCAUACGGUAUUUAUAUUACCAUAAGUUUCCCACCUGACGUUGAAACACCAAUGCUUGCUGAAGAUAAAAUAAAUAUGCCAAAAGAGACUGUUCUUAUAUCGGAGUCGUCUGGUCUUCAUCAACCGGACGAAAUCGCUCAAAUUAUUGUCAAAGACGCAAAGCGUGGGAGGUUCCACAGUUUCGUUGGCUUUGAUGGUUUUUUCUUGGCCGUCGUUUCCUGUGGUAUGUCACCCGUCACUUCACUUCUAGAGGUGUUUCUGCAGGUUUUCCUGAUGAGCAUUUUGAAGUUGAUCUCGUUUUUCUUUGUGGCAAAUUUCAACGGGAUCGUCAUGAGAUGCUUCAAGGAAAGAGAAAGCCAAAAACAGAAAUGAUGAAUUUUGUUUUUAAAUCAUCAACUAAUUUCCCUUCAAGUACUGGUGUAUAUUUUUCGAUCAAGUAAAUUUGUAUUUUUUUAUAAAUAUUGCGUGUACAUUUUGUUACUGGGAGACUUUUCCUUAACCCCUUCAUAAUGCACUAACUUGGUAAGGAGCAAUGGAGAGCAAGAACACGCAUGGCUCUCCAAUGCCUUUCUGCACAACUCUGCCGCGCGCGCCCUGCAUACGCGCACCCAUGUCUGACCUUAAUGUCGGACCUUCGUUGCGUUGUGAUUGGUCAAUACGCAUUGGGGCGGAGCUUAAUGGAUCUGUCUAUUGAAU